GUCCUGGUUGAUUCUUUUCAACAUGGCAGCAAAGAAGAAGGAUUUGGUCCAUCAGAAUGCAAUUCACGUUGAGAUGAUCCGGAAGGAGCAAAGACAGCAAAUACUUCACACAGAGUUUAGCAUCAAUCCGCACAGGAAAUUACACAUCAUACCAGACAAACCCAUGUCCAGGAAACCAAAAGAAGUGAUUUCAGAGAACUCGGACUUCAUCGAGGCCUUCCACAAAGCUCGCCAGGAGCCUACUAAGAAAUAUACAACGCCACUGACCGAGAGUCAGGAGAUUGGAUGGGUGUCCACCGCCCUGAUCCCAGCAAAUCGUAAUGACGACAGAUUCAAUUUCUACCGCCACAGCUCAGACAUCACCAAGCAUCAAGAGUCCAUCCUGCGCUCUUCAAAAUAAACCUUCAUUCAAUAAACCGACACAGAAGAGGUGGGGAUGCAUUGGCAGGCUGUUGGAGCGUGCCGCUCAAUGUCUACUUCUUAGUGAAAACGUCAGUUUCUGCAUGUCAAAUGUAUUUGGUUAACGCUCUAAACAUGAUUAUUUCUGUACAGUGCAACCUCGGUUAGCAUGUUUUCCGGUUAAUGUUGACUUUUCGUACAUUCUCUUGUUGCGUUAUUAACACACUGCAUGAGUCCAACUGUGAAUGUAUUUUUAAUCACAAAACGUCCUAGUUAGCAGCCUGUUAGCUUGCUACUAUAUGGAAACAGUAAGCAGAAGUCAGCUCCGUCGCCCGUCUGUGAUGUCAUCAGCGGUUGAUUCUGUAGUUCUUUGAUAACUAACACAGUUACGUCACCAGUCUCUGCUUUUCUUUUGAUCACGGCUGCAAAAUAACCCACAAUGGAGCCAAAGAAAGUUGCAAGUGCCAGAAUUUUUCAAGUGAGAAACACAAUCAAAUUCAACAAAUCACCCAAAAGUAGCGUCCGAGUGGAUCUCGCUACAGUCUUUGCCAACAAUCACAUAUUCAAUAAAGGUGAAGUGAUGUUUAAUGUUCAUUUAUCCCUU